AUGUCCAUUGCCAACUACGUCCAUCCCAGCACGUAUGGGAGUCUGUCCGACCAGGAGAUGUCCGUAGUGCAGCAGAUACACGACUUUACCGAGAGAUAUUUCCAGAACCCAUGCUUCGAUGCGUCGCACGAUUUCGAGCACGUGAAAAGGGUGGUCAAGAAUGCAGUGACCAUUCUUGAGAGGGAAGAGGAAAGGAGGAAGCAAGACGCAUUGCCUGCUUUGAAUCCUCUGAGUGUCAUCCUUGGGGCGCUGCUCCACGAUGUCGAGGAUAAGAAGUAUAUCACCUCAGUGAACGACAACUCUCCGCUGAAGCGUGCAAUUGUAGAAGCGGGAAUGCCUCUAGAAUAUGCGGCGCAGAUGCAAGUGUUGGUCGAAGGGGUUUCGUACUCGUCAGAGAUCCGGGACCCACAACGUAUCAAGAAUCUGAUUGAAGCCAUUCCAGAGCUCGCCAUUGUCCAGGACGCCGACCGGCUCGACGCAAUAGGCGCCAUUGGUAUCGGACGAUGUUUCACUUUUGGAGGAGCCAAAGGGGCGCGGAGUCUGGAGCAUUCAAUCAACCACUUUGAAGACAAGUUGUUGAAGCUCGAAGGUAUGAUGAAGACAGAAGCAGGAAAGGCCAUGGCGCAGGAGAGGUCACGGAGGAUCCGUGAAUUUAUGGUCUGGUGGCGGGACGAGGUUGGGGCCCCCAAUUCAUGA